UCUUUUUCCUUGUGAUAUAAAUAUUCUCCACCCGAAACAGCAAUAUACACAUUUAGAAAACAAGAGAUGGUAGCAGAGUUUCAGAAGAGCACCAUGUACUUAGAACAGUCGGAAGGAGUAGAAAGUGGAGACUUGCAGAAAAACUUUGAUGAUGAUGGACGUGAGAAAAGAACUGGAACACUGGUGACAGCAAGUGCUCAUAUUAUAACGGCAGUGAUAGGGUCGGGGGUGCUGUCAUUAGCAUGGGCAAUAGCGCAGUUAGGUUGGGUGGCUGGUCCUGCUGUUCUCCUUGCCUUUUCUUUUAUCACUUACUUCACUUCCACCCUCUUAGCUGACUGUUAUCGCUCUCCUGCCCCUCACUCCACCAACAGAAACUACACUUAUAUGAACGUUGUCAGCUCUCACUUGGGAGGUGUAAAGGUGCAACUAUGUGGACUGGCUCAGUACAGCAACCUCAUAGGAAUUACCAUUGGAUACACUAUAACUGCAUCUAUCAGUAUGGUGGCGGUGAAGAGGUCAAAUUGUUUCCACAAACAUGGUCACCACGCCAGCUGCUCGGUGUCCAACUACCCAUUUAUGAUAAUUUUUGCGGCCAUCCAAAUCGUUCUUAGCCAAAUACCAAACUUCCACAAGCUCUCAUGGCUAUCCAUUCUUGCUGCUCUUAUGUCUUUUGCCUACUCUACUAUUGGUCUUGGACUCUCUGUAGCCACAGUUGCAGGUGUAGGGCACCAUGUAAAGACAAGCCUAACUGGGGUGACAGUUGGGAUGGACGUGUCCGGAACAGAGAAAGUCUGGAGAUGCUUCCAAGCCAUUGGGGAUAUUGCCUUUGCUUAUGCUUAUUCCACUGUCCUCAUUGAAAUACAGGACACAUUGAGAUCACAUCCUCCAGAGAACAAAGUAAUGAAGAAAGCCUCACUUGUCGGAGUUUCGACGACAACCUUAUUCUACAUGCUAUGUGGUGUCAUGGGGUAUGCAGCCUUUGGAAACAAAGCCCCUGGAAACUUUCUUACUGGAUUUGGUUUCUAUGAACCCUUCUGGCUAAUUGAUUUUGCUAACGUUUGCAUUGCUAUCCACCUCAUUGGAGCUUACCAGGUUUUUUCUCAACCAAUAUACAGCUUUGUGGAGGGUGGUUGCCAGCAGCGAUGGCCAGACAACAAAUUCAUCACCUAUGAACAUGCCUUGAGCAUUCCAUGCUGUGGCGUUUAUAACAUCAACUUGCUCAGGUUGGUGUGGAGAACAACAUAUGUGGUUGUGACAGCCCUGAUUGCCAUGAUAUUCCCAUUCUUCAAUGACUUCUUAGGUUUACUCGGCGCUGCAUCAUUUUAUCCAUUAACAGUCUACUUCCCCAUAGAGAUGCACAUUGCCCAGAAAAAAAUACCAAAGUAUUCUUUCACAUGGAUAUGGCUGAAAAUAUUAAGUUGGACUUGCUUGAUCGUAUCACUUGUUGCAGCUGCUGGAUCCAUCCAGGGUCUUGCCCAGGAUAUCAAGACAUACAAGCCUUUCAAUACUCAGUAAUAAAUAUCAGAACAAAGGUUCAACAUUAAAUAUGUACUAAUAUUUCAAUACGUCCAUCUAAGUUAAGCAUGAUGUAUGAUUUUAUAUUU